AUGGGUGUGGACUAUGAUCACUGGAUAAUCACAACUAGAGGACCGCUGAUUCCCAUAAAGACCAUACGUGAUGGUACAAGAAGUGACAAAACUGAAGAAGAAUUUGUGGUUGAAGACUUUAGAAUGAUGAAACUAAAUGCUAAAGAAGUCAACAUUCUACAUUGUACUCUAGGAAGAGACGAGUACAAUAGAGUCUCAGGAUGCUCUAGUGCCAAGGAAAUUUGGGAUUUGCUGACACAAACUCGUGAAGUUAUGUCUCAAAAAAGACAACUCAGAUUAAAUAUGCCUCUGAGGAAAUAUGAACUAUUUGCAAUGAGUUAA